CGACGUGUAUACACGCAAAAUCAAUGAACAAGAAGCUCUAACCAGACAACUAAAAGACGAACAGAAACGGCUGAUCGAGAACCAGGACAGUGGACUGCAACAGGUGGGCAUGUGGAAAGACCUGGUCCAAUUGCUGGAAGCGAAACAGGAGGUGCAUGAGGCGAAUCAGGCACGUCAACGCGCAGGAGGUGAAUACGCGGAUGUCACA